ACGCACCAGACGACACACACCGACGAUUAACUUGCUGAACUUUUUAACAAGCUUAAUUAGUAAUAUGUUGUCCUGAUAACUUGAAGACUCUUUUAACCGUUAAAUGUUGUUUUUAAUCGUAGAUAAUUGUCAGUGAGAGGAAAUGGCACCAAAAGCAGGUAAAAAAGGCUCAGCCAAAAAGCCCAAUGCUCGGGAAGCAGCAGUUGUGAACAAAAACUGGGAGGCUGGUCUCACCAGCGCACAGUUUGAAGAGGAGUCAUGGCAAGCCUGUGUGUCUUUGGUGGUUGGGAGGAGUCCAGAAGAGGAUGAACUUACCCGGGCUUUGUCUUUAGCCGUACAGAAACCACUACGCAGACUUUUCAACUUGUUAUCCUGGGACAGCACCCUUGCUAAGAUCCAUGAGCUGGGGAAUCCCAAAACCAAAAGACCUGAUGACAUCCCCACCUUCUAUGAGGUUACAGAGCCUGCUAAGGUGCUGCUGGAUGCAGGAGAAGAGAUUCCUUGUGACCUGAUGGCAAAAAUACUGAAGUUCCAGCUGCUACAGAUCAAAGCCACUGAUCAGCAGAGGAGGGAAGUUGAGCAAGCUGGAGAGGAGAAGGCAAAAGUCGGUCCUCCCUCUGCCAGCAAGGACAAAGGAGGGGCCAAAGUCUCAGAUAAAAAGGGAAAGAGUCCACAUUCACCUGUGGGACCUUCCAAGGAGAAGACCAAGCUCAAACGGAGGGGUGAUGUUGAGCCACCAAAGUUCAUAGAUGAUGAACCGCAGGAUGGUCCUCAACACUACAUCCUGCUGCUGGGCUUCUACCAGCCCCACCUGAUUGUGGCACUCGAUGCCAUCGGUGUACACGUAGCCAAUGUCAUUACAUUGUGUUCAGAGCACACACUAACUUCUGAGGGACGGCAAGAACAACAGCCCUGUGAGGGCAAUGAGCAGAGUCUGACAGCUUCUCCGGCAUUGGAUGCAGAGGUUCAUGGUAGUGUCGAGCUGGCUGCGCAGGUCAGGAAGUUGGAUCUAUUCUGGUCAGGUCUGAGACCAGCUUUGGACAGCGGGCCACUGGAUUCCAAGCUCCAUGAUGUAGUUCAGCUCAGCUACACUGUCCCAGAUCUUUUGCCUCCCUUGCACGCACAGGUCCCCGAGGCUGAGCUUGAGAUGGGGAUGGGAAUCUUUGAGGGUGUGGCCAAUCUCAUCUAUGACUGUCUGGACUGGCGCAGGCAACAUCAGCACUACCUUGACAGCCUCAAAGUCAUCAGCGUAGCUACUGUCCCUGUGUUGGAUCCACAGCCUGCAGAGGUUGUGCAGACCCCUCUCCCCUUGACUCCACGCUCUAAAAAGAAAUCAGUGCAGGAUGAAAGUCAGUCACACCAAAAGACUGAGCAGCCUCCUCUCUCUACAGAUGUGGACAUGCGUUACUAUAGCACCCUACUCGACCUGGUUCCCCCUGAAGCCUGCUCUGUCUCUCUAAUCAUGCACUGUUUGCUGGAACAGGUGGUGAUUUCAACAGAGCAAUCAGAGUCCACUCUGUCCCAUGUGGCUGAGGAGUCCAAAGCUCCCAGUGGUCCAGGGUUAGACUAUGAGCUGCUGAGCUUGAUGCUCCAAAGCUUCCUGCCUCUGGUAUACACAAAAGAGGAGAAAAGCCACAUGUUGAAUGGCUUGCUGACUACAGCACAGAAUGAGGAAGACAAGAAGAGGCUAUUCGAGGAGUUUGGAGCAGAGGAGGAAGAGAGGAAGAAGUCUGAGCACCCUCUGGUUAUCAGACACCAUGAUGAGAGGGCCCUGCGCUUGAGGGAUAUCAGUGUGGUUCAGGGUUUUGAUCCAGCAGAGGUGGAGGUGUCCAUGAUGAAGCGGUCUCCAGUGUGGGAGCUGAUCCAAUCUGUGACUCAGCAGAGAGACAACAACUCCUGCUGGAUGGCAAUCAAACAGCAGCUACAACACUACUACACAGAUGAUGUUGUGUCGUGGCUGGAGGUGGAGCGUUUGAUUCAUCAGAGUGUGUUUGAGAGUAUGCCACUGACCAGGCUGGACCAAAAGGAUGUACUACUGACUGCUCCUGGUGCACUAGAAACACUGGAACAAGCACAGCCACAGACACCCACAAUAAUCCCCUGGGAUGACCCGCUAUCAUACGCUAAACAGCAGCUUGAUAACCUACAGACUAAAGGCCCAACAUUUCUCACUGAAGAUCCUGAUAACACAAAGCAGAUCAGUGAGAGAGUUUGUAGCCAGCUGGACUUGGCUGACAUUCAGAGACGCAGGCUGAGAUCUCUGUUUGACUGGCACUAUACUGAACACCACAGCGCCUCUAUCUUCCCACAGGUGCUCCAGUUAGCCUCAGAAGAAUACCGCUGCUUGGACACCUUCAGAGGAAGUCUUAACAACAUCCUGUAUAUUUUUUGUCACAAUCCAAUGAGCCCUGAUCGUCGGUGCAAGGAGUUCUGGGAUAUAGCACUUCACACUGAUGUCAAGUUUAGGAAAUACCUGGAACAUGUGGCAGAUAGCAUUUCGGAUUGGACAAAAGAAGAGGAAUUAAAGAGAGAGGAAAUGCAGCUCAGAAAUCUCAGUCCUGCUGAGUCUCCAAGUGAUGAAAAGGCUACAGAUUCUGCAGAGGAGGAAGAGGUCAUUCUGGAGCCACUCAUCAGAAAAGGCUCCCUUAAAGCCUGGAAGUUGGAGCAGGAGCAGCUAAAGGAGGAGGAGAUGGCCAAGAAAUCAAAGAAGGAGAAUGCACCAAAAGUCAAGCAGCAAAAGGAGGAGGCGGACAACAGGAAAAGUAGAACUCUGUCUAGUAGCAAGAAGAGCAGAGCACAGACAGCAGGCAGCUCAGCCAAGACUCCCACAGAGUCUAUUACUACCAUAGUGCCCCCUGUGGAGGAAGACAAAGAACUGCAUCCAACAGCAGAGCCUUUUAAUGGUUUCACAGGCUACAGCAUGGAUGGAAAGUUGAUCCAUGUGUCAGGUAGUCGCCAAUACCUUUUCCCCUCAGAUGGAGGACAUAUCACUGUGGAGAAUAUCAGCUAUAUUGAAGGGUGCAGCCUAAUGAAACUGGCUGUGAAGAAGGAUGGACAUCAUUUCUACACACACAUCAACCACGUUGUUGAUUGGGCAAAACCUCUCCCUCUGGCCCAAGACAAAGAAACAAAUGGCAGAAAAGAAGAUUUUAAAGUGUCAGAGCCUGUGGAGAUGAACAGAGUGAAGCAGGGCUCCCUCACAGCAGUCUUAGACAGUGGAAUUCACCUCUCACACAGUUUCUAUGGUCCCACGGGAGAACACAGAGUGAGUCCCCAGGAAACAGAGACAUCCACCUUUGUCCCCAUUCCUCUCUUCUCCGACACCCACCAGUCCAAGGGGACAGACCUGGAUUCAGUUGCCUCCAAGACAAACAGCCCAGCCAGCAACACCAGGCCUCCAGAGUCCCAGGUGUGUGGGGGCCAGCCAGCAUUGCCAUCAAGUCUAUUCAACAGUCUGAACCUGUCAGUUCCUAAUGGCCUGCUGCUGCAAUUCCUGCGAGAGGAUACACAAGGAGUGUCCUCGGAGCAGCAGGGUAUGUUGGUGAAACAGAGCUUUCCCCUUCAUGGUAGAGGAGUUGUAGGGCAGCUUCAGGACCCUUCCCUCUCUAAAGAACUGUCCCGCAUAGUGACCAACCAGGGAGCUGUGAUCCGGUACAUGAGAGACGGGUCCACACAGGUUCUGUUUGCAGAUGGCUCAGUCAGUUUCAGCCAGGAUUCUGGUCCAGUGUGGGUUCCUGAUGCUGAGGUUGAGGAGGAAAACACCACUCAAGAAACUGAGGACAACAAGAAAGAGCAGAGCUCAGAGAAGGAUGCUGAUGCUCAGAGAGGCUGCUGGUUAACUACGACUCCAUCUGGAACUCGCAUCCACACUGUGGGGACCACACACAAACACAUACCCACCACGCCUCUUCUUGCCUUCAAGGCGACAGACCCCAUCACCCAUGAGGUGAUGCUGAGCCGGGAGGAUCUAGUGGUGUCUGUCCAGCACCGAGACAGAUCCCUGAGUGUAGAACAUGCAGAUGGAACCAGGAUCACCAGUCUCUACCAAGACAGACCACCAAGCACACCGCAAAACAUACUGCUGCAGAAAGGGGAGCAACCUGAAAGUGUGACCCUAUCAACUUCUGAAUGUGCAUGCAGCUGCACUGAGUGUGUGUGUGUCACACGCUGUGCCGACAGCAUUAAUGAGGGCAUGCACAUGCAGGAUACUUCUGACAAUCAAGAGGAGAUUAGCAGGGACAGUGCGGGGAAAGCAAGUAGUGAAAGGGAAAGUAGUGUGUAUAAGAAUGGUGAGGAGAGCGUAUCUGCAGAAGAUGCUGGGGCUGAGGAUAGUAAGAGGAGCGCAUAUGAGAGCGAUAAGGGGAGUGUGUCUACCAAGGAGCAGGUGGUGUUGGUGGAGAAGGAAGGCUGUGCCACAGUGGUGAUGUACCCAGAGCGACACAUGGCUCACAUCAUUUUAGCAGACGGAACUGUCAUCACUGGCAACAACCAAGGAGCCUAUCAGGUGUUUCCAUCCAGUGUGGGCCUCCUGCAGAUCCAAAGUGAUGGGAAGUGCGUGUACUCGUCCGACCCACUUGUAACGCCAAGUCCAAAGGGCAGCACUCCCACAAACCAACCAGGAAGCUACACCAUGAGUCACACAGACAAAGUGGCCUGUGAUGUUACAGACUCCGAUGGGAACCACUUCCAGGUGAUGGAAGAUGGACAGUUGUCAGUGUUGAACUGUAGCCCCUCUCCAAGCACACUUAAACAUGAUGAGGAAGAGGCAGAGGAGGAGGAGGAGGAGGACAAAGAAACGGCCAGGAUUAAUGCAAAACACAGAGAACAUUGUCCCAGGCUGUUUCUGGUGCAUGAGGAUGGCUCGGGAACUGAACUACUGAGUUCUCAAACUGUAGAGGAACUGCUCUACCAGGCGUACUCUGACCCUACCAUAGCAUUGCUGAAGGAACCACUGCCAGACACACAAGAUGAGUUUGGCAUUACCAUCCUAAAGCCCACCCACCAAAAUGUGUGGUCCCAGUGGUUGCUAGGUAAACAGAACCCUGACAUCACCCCUCCCAACCUCAGAAACCGUAGCUGGCAUGACUUCCCCAGAACAGAGAAGAAGAGCCCAGGUCCUGCAUUUGGUACUGACAUGGGACGAGGUUUGACUUUGAGAAAUCGGUCUGGUGGUUCUGCAGCACAGCGUCAACUUGUCAGGAGCUGCCCUAAAGCUCUGGAGAUGAGGCAGCUGUACCAGCACCGACCUUUCACCACACCACUCAAAAAUACCUUAGAUACACGACUGAAGGAAUACAUUGAGAGUUUGAUGGAGAGGGAGCAGCGAUCAGAGGAGAUCAAAGUGAAAGACCCCCGCACUGAGGAAGAGCGUCAUAGUGCUAGUGAUCUGCUCAAUCUGGUCUUGUCUUUUGCAGAAGAAGAUGGUGCAAGUCACACCUUUGACGAGAGAACUUCAACAGACAUAGCCAAUUUGUACAGCCAAGAAGUCGGGGACUCAAUUGAGCACUCGGAUGAUUCAGAAGACACAGUGACAGUAGCUAGUAACAGUUUUACUCACGGAGAGGACUCAAAAUGGACUGAAAGGCUUGCACUGCACAGACAGGAGAUGUAUGAGGAGCAGGCUUACAGAGAGGCUCUGAGGAAGAAGAACAUUGUUCCUUUUUUCCACCCAGAAAAUACUCCACUGUACCAGAAUCUACAACAGCCCCAAACACCAGACAUGAGGAGUCUAUCCUUGGAACUCCCUCCGAUCCCAAAGUCAGACAGUGCUGAGGACUUCAUGAAAGAUGCUCCACAAGAGAACAUUGUAACUGCAGCUCCACGACCCUUAAACCCAACACCCUCUCAGUCUGCAAGUCAUGCAGGAGGAAGUGACAGGAUGCUUGAAAAAAGACCCACCAACCCCACGCCUCAGACUGCUGGUGAAAGCAGUCUGAGGGGUUCAUCUGGGCGGUGUAAGUCAGUCCAGGUAGAUGUGACUGGAAAGCUCAGGAGGACUAAAGUCAGACUACCAACCUGUAUCCUCAGCUCUAAACCCCGCAGCAUUCCAAAUCAACAGUUCCUGUCAGUGGAAGAGCCUGUGAGGAGGAAGUGUCGAACUGUCUCUCUGACCGAUCCGAAUGUCAUAGCGAGGGGAUUCCAGCUGCUUCCGCCCAGUGUUGACUUUGGCACACUGCAGGAGGGUACCUCCUCGGCCAUUACUGUUGUGAUGAAGAAUGUGGGUGUUGACACCUGCAGGUUCCAUGUGAAACAGCCUCCUCCUGCGACAGGCCUGCGGGUCAUCUACAAUCCUGGGCCUGUGGCUGCAGGUUUGCAUGUUAACCUGCAGGUUCAGCUGUUUGCCAUGUGUGCAGUCCAAGCAGGAGAAGCAGAGCCAAAGAGGUACAUCUCCCUGGAUAUCAUCAUCCACACUGAGACAGACAUCCUCUACCUGCCUGUCACUGCUACCAUCCUUCCUGAGAGGUUAUACGACAUGUGGCUCAAGGACCACAACAAGAAAGGCUCCAGGGUCCGUCACCUGUCCAUGCAGCCCCACAGACGAUCUGGUACAUACCUGACCAGUCCUGCAGCAAACACUGGACACCUUCUGUGAGGAAUACACAUCACCAAUCUCUUCAGAUUUCACAUCAUUAAAGUCUUCAUCUCAUUAUCAUCUUCCUACCACAUUCCUCUAUUUUAUUCCACAAAAGUUAAAUAUUGUAAUGCAUUUUUACAUUUUCUCUGACACAAUAAAAUCACUGAAAUAGUUG